UAGGGACUUAGAAAUCGAUAUUAAUCACCAAAGAAUUUAACAUACUGCACUGUUAAAACCGAGUAAAACCUGAGAAGACCACCGCUGCCGAGGGCCAGGGUACCAAGUCUAACCCACCACCUCGGCAUCUAAAUCGAAACAAACGCCUGAGGUCAGGUGCAUGCAUAUAAAACCACGCCAUUGAAGCGGUCAGUGCUCACCUGGACGGCGUCGCCGCUGCUGAUCGCUGCAUAGACAGAGCAUUCCAAGUGCUGCGCGCGCGCUCGAGCCGACAUGCGACAGCCGAGACGCGGCGCGCGCGGUCGGCCUUCCAAGUGCUGCGUGCCCUCCCCCCCCCCCCCCCAGGCCACCAUCGUGCAUUCUUCUGUCACUGCUGAUGCGGCGCGGACCUCAUCGGAUCGGAGCAGAUCAGAUCACCAGCACCGGCUCCCGCGUCCCAGCGUCCGGUGGGGUGGACGCGGUCCACCCAGGGUCCGAACACCAGCACAGAACGCCACGCCACGCCUCCUAGCUUGCCUUGGGCUGACAAAAUCCAACCGGCAACCCCCCAUCAACUCCACCCCCCAGCCCCCACCAUCCGCUGUUGCUUUCCGCUGGUCAUCCAUCCCACCAAACGCCCAGCAUUUUUCUUUUCUUCAUCCAAAAAAAACCCCAACCCGAGACUCGGGCAGAUUCACGGGGGACGACCACGAAGGGGCGCGCGCACGGCAGCCUGGCUAUAAAAGGCGCUCCGCCCCCCGCUAGCUCACCAGCUCUCCACCAAGAGCUGUACCCCACACCACUAGGCACUAGUCCACUACCUAACGCUACCUGCCUUUUCACCGCGUCGUGCGCCACCGCCACGUUGAGCUCGCGUCCGUCCCAGAUCCGCCGUGCUCCUCCAUCGCUCGCGCAAGGUUGGUUACUGGCCUCGCCUGCUCGCCUUUCCUUCAACUCCUUCCCGCCCGCAGGAUUUGGGCUUUCUCGAUCACGAGGCGCUCCGAUGAAGAUCACGGUGCGGGGGUCGGAGAUGGUGUACCCGGCGGCGGAGACGCCGCGCCGCCGGCUCUGGAACUCGGGGCCCGACCUGGUGGUGCCGCGGUUCCACACGCCCAGCGUCUACUUCUUCCGCCGCGAGGACGCGGACGGGAACGACCUGGCGGGCGCGGACGGGAGCUUCUUCGACGGGGCGCGGAUGCGGCGCGCGCUGGCCGAGGCGCUCGUGCCCUUCUACCCGAUGGCCGGCCGGCUGGCGCGCGACGAGGACGGCCGCGUCGAGAUCGACUGCAACGCGGGCGGGGUGCUGUUCCAGGAGGCGGACGCGCCCGACGCCACCAUCGACUACUUCGGCGACUUCGCGCCCACCAUGGAGCUCAAGCGCCUCAUCCCCACCGUCGACUUCACGGACGACAUCUCCUCCUUCCCGCUGCUCGUGCUCCAGGUGACCCACUUCAAGUGCGGUGGCGUGGCUAUCGGCGUUGGCAUGCAGCACCACGUAGCCGACGGCUUCUCCGGCCUGCACUUCAUCAACUCGUGGGCGGACCUCUGCCGCGGCGUCCCGAUCGCCGUCAUGCCCUUCAUUGACCGCUCGCUCCUCCGCGCGCGCGAUCCGCCGACCCCGGCCUACCCGCACAUCGAGUACCAGCCGGCGCCCGCCAUGCUAUCUGAGCCGCCACAGGCGGCCCUCACGUCCAAGCCGGCGACGCCGCCCACAGCCGUGGCUAUCUUCAAGCUCUCCCGCGCCGAGCUCGUCCGCCUCCGUUCGCAGGUCCCCGCGCGCGAGGGCGCGCCGCGGUUCAGCACGUACGCUGUGCUGGCGGCGCACGUGUGGCGGUGCGCGUCCCUGGCGCGCGGCCUGCCGGCCGACCAGCCCACCAAGCUGUACUGCGCCACGGACGGGCGGCAGCGGCUGCAGCCGCCGCUUCCGGAGGGCUACUUCGGCAACGUGAUCUUCACGGCGACGCCGCUGGCCAACGCCGGCACGGUGACGGCCGGGGUGGCAGAGGGCGCGUCCGUGAUCCAGGCCGCGUUGGACCGGAUGGACGACGGGUACUGCCGGUCAGCGCUGGACUACCUGGAGCUGCAGCCGGACCUGUCGGCGCUGGUCCGCGGGGCGCACACGUUCCGGUGCCCCAACCUGGGGCUCACCAGCUGGGUGCGCCUGCCCAUCCACGACGCGGACUUCGGGUGGGGGCGGCCCGUGUUCAUGGGCCCCGGCGGCAUCGCCUACGAGGGGCUCGCGUUCGUGCUCCCCAGCGCCAACCGCGACGGCAGCCUGUCCGUGGCCAUCUCGCUGCAGGCGGAGCACAUGGAGAAGUUCCGGAAGCUCAUCUACGACUUCUGAUCUCCAACUCCUCCCCACAAGUCAUCAGUACCAGUACGCGCAACACAAAGAAGCAAGAGACCGUUGGGAGUAGGUUGCAGCAAUAUUCUUUGAUUUCACACAUAGUUCCUGCACACUUUUCCGUUCCUGCCUGCCCCCUUUGGGCAGGGCGCAUACCUUUUGUGCCGAAUUAUUUACGAGCCCCUGCAAUUGUAUGAUGAAUGAACAAUGAAUGAUACAGAUUAAUAAGAUUAAUUAACUUAUCUCU